AUGCCGAACUACUGGGACUUGAAGAGGCAUCUAGAAGACUUACUCGUCGUCGGCCACCUCCAUCAAUGGAUUGAUGCUGAGAAGACUAAGGCGAAACAUGAGCAACCUCCAGUCCCUCUACCAAAAGUCCAAGCCCUAAGGCUAGUGAUCAACAUCAUCCAUGGGAUGACUGACCCUCAAAGGGAAAAUACCCUUCGUGGCGAGAUUCAGAGAGCUACACACCUACAACAAGUUAUGUUAGUAGGACAUCCGCCCAAGAAGUCCAAAAUGGAAGCAAGGCCCUCUCGGUUCGACAUCGUGUUUGCUGAGAAGGAUUUGAAAGGAAUCCAACACCCCUACACUGAUGCAUUAAUUAUCACUGUCGGUGUGACAAAUAAGUUUGAUGUGAAACAGGUCCUAGUCGAUCAAGGAAGCGCCGUUGACAUUAUGUACUAUGACCUUUUCAAGAAACUGGGUCUCAAUGAGCAACACCUAACCCUCGUAACCUCUUCUCUGGUUGGCUUCAAUGGACAGACCGAGUAG